AUGCCAGUCUACUCCCAAUGCAGGGCUCGUCCCGAGGCGGGACACAAAGAGUUGCAGCCACACCUGACAGCAAAGACGCUGGAGAUCAACCCAGUGGCACAGCCACCCGAGACAGCUCCUCCGGAUUUUGUACAAAUAAACCCUCCUUCGGGUGGAUUCCAGAAUUAUGCCCCUCUUAUUGUGUUCUUCCUUGGGGAUUUUGACAGGGCGUAA